GUAACGCGCCACUAUGGCCCCGCGGAGAGCUUCCUGUGUGCUUCUUUUGAGAAGUAUUUCUCUAACAAAAAUGGCGCAGCACAAGUUCAUCGAUAUCGGCGUGAACCUCACAGACCCGAUGUUCAGAGGAGUCUACAGAGGCCAGCACCGGCACCAGGAGGACCUGGACCAGGUCCUGGACAGAGCUCUGGGAGCCGGAGUACAGAAGUUGGUGAUCACAGGAGGAAACCUGGAGGACAGCACGGCGGCGCUCACGCUGGCCGAGACCCGAGACGAGCUGUACUGCACGGUGGGCUGCCAUCCCACCCGCUGCAAUGAGUUUGAGCAGCACGGCGAGGCCCGGUACUCCUUGGGGCUCAGGGAGCUGGCCACGGCUCAGCGGGGGGCGAAGGUGGUGGCCGUCGGGGAGUGUGGGCUGGAUUUCGACCGGUUGGAGUUUUGCCCAAAAGAGACUCAACUCAAAUACUUUGAGAAGCAGUUUGACUUGGCGGAGGAGACCAAGCUGCCCAUGUUCCUCCACUGCAGGAACGCCCACCAGGACUUCAUUGACAUCAUGAGGAGAAAUCGAGACCGAUGUGUCGGAGGAGUGGUCCACUCAUUCGACGGCACGGCGCAGGAAGCCGCUGCCCUCAUCGACCUCGACCUCUUCAUCGGAAUAAACGGAUGUUCCUUGAAGACGGAGGCCAACAUUGAAGCCAUGAAGUCCGUCCCCACUGAGAGGCUCAUGAUAGAAACCGACGCGCCGUGGUGCGGCGUGAAGAACACGCACGCGGGCGCCAAAUACCUAAAAACUACAUUUCCCACAAAGAAGAAAUGGGAGGCGGGGCACUGCUUGAAGGACCGGAACGAGCCGUGUCACAUCAUACACGUCCUGGAGGUGAUGGCGGCGGCGAGGGGCGAGGACCCGAUAGAGCUCGCCGAUGCCAUCUACAACAACACCAUCAAGGUCUUCUUCAGCUCCAGAUGAGGACGAAGAACCGGCUGAUAGGACCUGAAUGAAUGUGUGCGUGUGUGUGUGUGUGAAAAAGCUUCUGAUGUGUCUUCUUCUGAAAUAAAAUUAAAAGACGAUUUCAUGGUU